CUUAAAACUUUAAAGAAGAAGAAGUAUAACCUAUAAAUAAUACCAAAUAAAAUGUUUCAAAAAAACUUAUGCAGUUUAAUAAAAAUGUAUAACGCCACAAAAUCAAUACAAGUGAACCGUUGUGUUUGUUCAACUCCAGUCUAUAAUAUAAAUCAAAAAUGGAGACAAGAGAGAGGUUUACCGUUAAAUCCAAAUGCGUGUGGAGUAUUAACUGAUGGUCCAGAUUAUACAUUCUUAGAUGGAAGGCUUACACCAUAUGGUGUUAGGCAAAAACAAAGAAUUAUUAAGCAAAAAGAAAUAGCAAAACAAAUUAUAAAAUUAACUGGCGAAGUAGAUUUUGCUGUUGAUAGACAUAAACACUUACAAAUGGAAGAAGUUAAAAGGAAAGAACAAAUUUUAAAUGGUAAAUUAAAGCCUAAAGGAGUCAAGUUAUUACAUUAGUUGAAAUGAAUGUUAAAUAAUAGUCCAAUAAAUUGUUAUAGAUA